UCUCAAUUGAAAAAUAUCAGUGAAAAGGGGUUUUGGCUUGCUCAUAAACCCUGAACAUUCAAUUUCAAUCCUAGACGAGCUUCACCCUCUACCCUGAACAGGUAAUUCUUCCAUCUAACUUUGUUUCUUUUUUGUAUAUUUAUCUCAAUUUUUAACAAUUGAACAUGGAACCUGGCCUUGUGCUUGCUUCAAACAAAUCUUCAAUGUCAACUUCUUUUCCCCUGUUUCUAUCUUACAAAUUUUCAUUUCAUGGAAAACCACAACUUUCUAUGAAAUCCCAUCUCCAUUCCUCAACCAAAUUUCCAGAAAAGACGCCAUUUUUGGGACAAAGCUUGGUUUUUCAAGAUAAGGAUUUUACUUCUUUGGGUAAUCUGAAUAAAACCCAUGUCCCUUUUGAGCCAAUAAGAGCUGCAGUUAAGAGAAGAAAAGAGCUUCCCUUUGAUAAUGUGAUUCAAAGGGACAAGAAGCUUAAAUUGGUGUUAAAGAUAAGGAAGAUUCUUGUGAGUCAGCCUGAUAGAAUCAUGUCACUUAGGUCAUUGGGAAAGUAUAGAAGAGACUUAGGUCUCCAAAAAAGGCGUAGAUUUAUUGCUUUAUUGAGGAAGUUUCCUGGAGUGUUUGAAAUCAUGGAAGAAGGGGCUUUUUCAUUGAGGUUCAGAUUGACACCCGAAGCGGAAAGGCUUUUCUUGGAUGAGUUGAGAGUUAGGAAUGAAAUGGAAGGUUUGUUGGUUGUUAAGUUAAGGAAGUUGUUGAUGAUGUCAUUGGAGAAGCGGAUUUUGCUGGAGAAGAUUGCACAUUUGAGGACUGAUCUUGGGCUUCCUUUAGAGUUUCGUGACACGAUUUGUCUGCAGUACCCUCAAUAUUUUCGUGUUGUUCAAACUGAACGAGGCCCUGCUUUGGAAUUAACUCAUUGGGAUCCUGAGCUUGCAGUGUCAGCAGCUGAAUUAGCUGAAGAGGAGAAUCUAGCCAGAGAGUUGGCAGAGAAGAACUUGAUUAUGGAUAGGCCACUUAAGUUCAAUAGAAUUAAGCUUCCUAAGGGUCUUAAUCUUUCCAAGGGUGAAAUGAGAAGGCUAUGCCAGUUUAGAGACAUGCCUUACAUAUCCCCUUAUUCAGACUUUUCAGGAUUGAGGUCGGGAACUCCAGAGAAGGAAAAGCAUGCUUGUGGGGUCGUACAUGAGAUUUUGAGCCUCACUGUUGAGAAGAGAACUCUAGUGGAUCAUCUCACUCACUUUCGAGAGGAAUUUAGAUUUUCUCAGCAAUUGCGAGGGAUGAUAAUAAGGCACCCUGAUAUGUUCUAUGUGUCUUUGAAAGGGGAUAGGGAUUCUGUUUUCCUUAGGGAAGCUUAUCGAGAUUCUCAAUUGAUUGAUAAGGAUCCACUGUUGCUUAUUAAAGAGAAGUUCCGCUCUCUUGUUGCCAUUCCUAGGUUCCCUAAAAGGGGUGGUUUGAAGAAGGAUGCUGAUGGUAAUGAAGAAAGAGACACGUCAGAGGAGGCAAGCGAUGAUGGGGGAGGAUGGUCUGAUAUGGAUAGUUAUCUGAGUGAUGGUGGAUUUAAUGACGAUAAGGGUGAUGAAGAUGAUGAUGACUAUGAGGAUGAUUGGAGUGAUGAAGAUGAUGAUGCACCACCAGAUUUUGAUGAAGAUGAUGAACCUAUUAAGAUUGGAUUGAGCAAAUCAAUUAAGCAAGCAGAUUACUUAGCAAAGAAAGAAGAGAAAUUGCUUGUUCCUGCAUUUCCUGAUGGUCGGCCAAGAGAACGUUGGUAAAAAAUUUUGCAAAUUUGCUAGAAACUGAGGGCUCCCAUUAGGUUUUUGACCCCUAAAUGAUUGCGUAUGCCUUCUUAGCUUCAAAAUUUUUUCUCUGGAGAGUGGAGACAGAAUCCAGUUUACGGUUUGAUGAGGUUCCAAAUCUUAUCUCUUGGAAGCUUGGGAAGUUCUAGCAGUUGCAGAUGGGCAUCAAUUAGUCUAUGAUACAAAUUUUCUAUGUAUGUAAAUGGCAUCAAUGUAAUGUUUUCUAAGUCAAUGAAGCACCAAAAGAGAAAUCUUUAUGAAA